GCAAGGCCGGGCCAGUCAGUCGGCGGCCGCAGCGCGCGACGUGCGGCAUGGACCGGACCACGUAGGCCCUAAACACGACAACCUUCGAAUAAAAAAAAUACAAAAUUAAAAAAACUAAAAUGUCAUUCCGAAGAUUAAUAAGCGCGGUAAGAUCAGCGCGGGCGGCGCUGACGCGGGGCGCGCCGAUGACGGAUGGACUAUUGAAAUCUCUAGUGUCAGUGUUAGUUAUCUGUUGCAUCGCGGUGUCGUCUCCUCCGCAGGCGUCGGCCAAGCCCUUCGCCUUCAGCUUCCCGGCGGGCUGGUCGCUGGCGGGGCUGGUGGGCGGGCGGGGGGAGGGCGAGGCGCGGGGCGGCGCGGCGGGGGUGAAGCCCUACACGGGGCGGCGCGUGGCGAAUGACUCGCUGCGGAUGGUGUACCACCACGACCAGACCGUGGCCGUGGUGGAGCUGGGCCGCGGGAAGCUGCUGCUCAACUGCGAGCUCAUCGAGACCAUAGAUGAGGACGACACGCGUCGCCUGCUGCACCAGCUCAGCCGCAUCAACCGGCCGCUGCAGGUCUCCUUCCCGCAGAUGAUCAAGCUCAUGAUGCAGUGCCAGCAGGUAACACCCCCACGGAAGGUGGAGAGUUCAGACGGCGAGGCUGAAACACCCCCCGAGCCGGUGAACUGGCUGGGGGCCGCCGGGGGCGCGGGGGGCGCGGCGCGGGCGCGGCUGGACGCGGGGGGCGCGCACGCCGGCCUGCUGGGGGGCAGCCCGCUGACUCUGCUGCAGGGGAUCAUACCUGGCACAAAGUGGUGCGGCACGGGCGACAUCGCGGCCAACUACCACGACCUGGGCGCGGCGCGGCGCCUGGACCGCUGCUGCCGCACGCACGACCUGUGCCCCACCAAGGUGCGCGCCUUCUCCCACCGCUACAACCUGACGAACAACUCGCUCUACAGCAAGUCCCACUGCAAGUGUGAUGAUAUGCUCUUCGACUGCCUCAAGGCCACCAACACCUCCGCCGCGCACCUCAUGGGACACAUCUACUUCAAUAUCGUCCAAGUGCCGUGUCUGGACGACGCACCCAGCGGACGAAAAUUCCGAGACGCUAAACAAGGCUUUUAGUGACAUCUAGCGGAGAGUAGCUCAAUUAAUAAAUAGCGCCAUCUAGUGGGUGAAAAGGGAAUGAAUGUAAUGUGUAAAGUGCAUUUAUAAAGCUAGGUUAAAAUAUUUUUUUAUGUAAAUAUCUUUCUAACAUCAGCGUUCACUGAUUUAAACUGUAAAUAAAUUAAAAUGAACUGUGAUAAGCCUGUGCCUUUUGUCGUAGACAAGAUUGAGACACAAUAAAUCGAUGGCGCUAUAGUAAAUUAUGAUAUGUGGAAAGUGGAAAUAUGUAUUAUGUAUGGAUAUCAUGGUUACAAGUACCUACCUGCCUAGGCCUAAGUAUUGUAGGUAGGUUUCUGUCUCGUCUGUUUUCCGUCUAUUAAUAAUGUACCUAUCUACUGUUAUUCUAUGCUAUCUACCUAUAUUUUUCAUUUGACUUCUUGUGCUGUAGUUUUAAGCUAACGUAGGUAGGUAGACAUACGCAAAGAUCAUAAUUGAAUUAGAUAAUACUCGUAUUUAUUUGGAUAGUAUUGAAACCAGUUAGUAUUACCUCUAAGUAUAUAUUUUUAUAUUCUUAUCAGUGUGAUAUGUAAUGAAUUGCUAUGUGUUACCUUACGAAUGUUCUCUCGAAGAUAUUAAGUACCUAUUUAUUUUAUUAACCUAGUUGUGGUGACAUUUGUUUUAACGGAUUAAAUUACAGAUAUUUAUAAAAAUCGU